CUAAGCAGGUCGGGCUAAAAAUAUCCUAAAAACCAUACAACAAAAUUCUCAGAAUAAAAGCAAUGCCCUACCUAAAGAGAAAAUCCAAUGAACCGCCGCCUCAGUCUCUGGCUGUGACCACGGAAUCUAUACGUGUGGGACGAAUGCGUGCCCCCAACAUCAUAGAUCAUGGCAUGCGGCCCAAGUUGUCAAAGCUGCCCAGCGGACAGGAUAUUAAUAGAACUCGAUAUCGGUUGUCGGAGCAUGAGAAGGCCAUGUGGGUGACCACCGACACGGAGGUAAUUGGUGUGGAAAAGAAAUACAUGCAACAAAUGGGCAAGGAUUUGGAUAAUUAUUUCAAUCCCAAGUUAACCGAUAAUGGGAAAGAUCUUCAAAAAGCUGAGCCAACAAAUAAGGAUAAGGAUAACGAUAAAAAAUUAUUUAAAGCGCCGAAACUUGCCACAAUACAGGAAGAAGCACUAGAGGAAAACAUUGAUUGCUUUGGGUUGCUGAAGCCUUCAGAGUUCAUCAAUACUGUGGAGUUGCAGAGUGGUGCCAAAACCGCAAAUGCUCUCAGAAAGAGCCUGCAAUGGCUGCAGGAAGCCACAAGACCUGGCACGGUUCAGACCAUUGAUAAUGUCAGAGACUUACAUCGCUCAGCAACUCGCGUAUGUGGCACAUCCACAUAUAGAACCAAGAAAGAAAUUGGUGUUCUCAGCAAAAAGAAAAUGCAAUUGAAUCCCAAGGCGCAAUUAAUUAAGGAAAAAGCUGAACGCAUGGAGGCAGUUAUGAAUGAAAUAAAAAUGUAUCAGGACAAAAAAAAUGACUAUAAAAAUACCGAAAAAGAUGCCAAUAAUAAUCCAGAAAAAUAUUUCCAACUGGAACAAGAUCAUAGCUCAAACAAAGAUCACAGCUACAUUGGAGCCAUAGAAGAUUUAUAUGAAAUGACUAGCAACAUGGAAGUGCCUCAGAACAGCGAUAUUGCCUUGCAGGAAUUUGAACAAAAUGAGCGAAAUUGUAUGAGCAGAAUUGUAAUCAACUCCCAAAGCUUAAAUUCUAGUGAUAAAAACAACAAUUCAAUUGAAGAUUGUUCAGUUAUAUAUAAAAAUGAUAAUAUUUUGCAGAAUACAGAUUCCACAACGACUCAAUCGGAAAACUAUUUUGGCCUGGGGAAUAAGAAACACAGUAGGAAGCAUGAGCAGAGCCGUUCAAAGUACAACGAAAUUCCGAAAAUAUACACAGGCUACUCGGUGACUAACGUGAAGCAGGCAAAUCAGCAGCAUGCUAGAUAUCAAUCACUAUCUAAGUCCAAAAAAGCACAGCCCAAAGAUUUGAACAUGAACAAAUAUUUAAAGCCUUUUAAAUCCAUGAAAAACAUUCAGGCCAUCUCCUUGGACACUCUCACCAAAGCUAAAGACAAUGUUCAGCAGAUCAAAGCUUCGUUUCAGUUGCCAAAGCUCUCCAAAUGCAAUGGGAAAUACAAUUCUCUAACGAUAUUCCAUUCAAAAAGCACUGUCCAAUAUUUGGUGUGCGCUCCAACCUUAUGCCUGACUGCCAUUUUUUUUUUGUCAUUGGUGCUCUUUGUACGCUUUGUAUUUGUGAAACCAGCACCAACAUUUUGGGAGCGCUUACUGAAAUACCUUAUCAAAAAGUUGAGGCAUAUUUAUAUUUGAUGCAAUAUAUUUUGUUUUAUUUCAAACAUCUGACAGCUUUAAGCAAGCCUUUACCCAACAGUCUCUAAGCUUUAUGGCGUCAAUUCUCAACCAAAAUCAUAUCCCAUAAAUCGCCGAAAUCUUACUUUGCUAUACUCCGCCGACGAUUGCCACCUAAUCGUAUGCUAACAAACGAAACCAUGAGACCCGAGACGCUCACUUUUCGCGCCAAAGUUCCAGAAAAUGCAGUGAAACAACCUGAGGGCAAGGGAAAAUACGAAAAGCCAAUUCCUGAAGAAACUGAAGUGCUGACAACUCAUGGCAGAUCCACGGAGUCAAAACCAUCUAAAAUCUCUGGAAAAAAAGAAGUGCUGCCGACCUGUAACAGAUCUACGAUGAAAAACACAAAUGAGAACAGUCCCAGCGGCUCCAAAGCUGCCAGCGAAGCAGGUUUAAAUGCCAAGCCAAAUUCACAGCUCCUGCUGGUAAGUUUACCAGCACCCGAAACAGGAGAAGCGCUGCACAGCAAAUUGUUAGACCCUGAUUCGAUUCGAGCAUUCAAAGGCAAAAAACUUCUGCAUAAAAAAUGCAAAUCAAAGCAUAGAGGUUCUUAUGUUCACGGCUUAACCUUAAAGGACAAGUUAAUGUCCGCAUUGGGUGCUGUUUUAUUCAUUAUAUUCAUUCUAUUUAUGACUCAAUGGACACCAAGACCACUAACUUCACACUUUGGGUAGUCAGCUUUCGAAUGUUUAUUCAAUUAUUAUAGAAAAUA